UUGAUUUUAAUUUGUAAUGUAUCUGUGCACGUUAGCCCGAAUAUUUGGUUACAGGAGCUGGCAGAUAACAUUGGAAAACCGUUUUGGGAAGAAGAUCCGAAGUUGUGGGACGAUGUUAACGUUGUUGGGCUAAAAAACAAUUACUUUUGCAGUGUUUAUGCUGCUCGCAUGAUGGUACCUCAAAAGAACGGCCUUAUCAUCAACAUCAGCUCUUUAGGAGCAGUUAGAUACAUGUUUAAUGUUUGCUAUGGUGUGGGAAAGUGUGCUGUAGAUCGUAUGUCUGCUGAUAUGGCUAUAGAAUUGCGUGACCAUAAUGUUACGGUGAUUUCUCUGUGGCCUGGUAUUGUUAAAACUGAACUUUUUGGAAGUUUCAUCGGUAGUGGCAAGUUCGACUCAAUAAAGGACGCUGAAUUAUUGAAAUCUCUUCCACAAGAAACACCAGAAUUCUCAGGGAAAGCAGUAAUUGCAUUAGCAACAGAUCCUCAGAGGGCAAAGAAGACCGGAAAAGCGAUACUCGCAGCUGAUGUCGGAGUGGAUUACAAGUUCAAGGACAUUGAUGGGUCAGAACCAGGUAGUUUAAGGGCUGUCAAAUCUUGGUUUUCCGCUACAGGUUACCAGACGCUUGCGUAUUACACACCUUCGUGGCUUCGUGUUCCGACAUGGGUUAUGACGUUUUUAAGCAGCAGAUUGCAAUAA